UAUCGAACGUCCAACCAACCAUAUUCCAGUGUUUAACUCCAUAUAUACAAUUAGCUGUAUUUAUUUUUGAAAAUAAUCAUUUAUUAAUAAAUAUUCAUAUUAUCUGAGUCACAUGUUCUCCAAUGGUUAAAGAAGCAGCAGUGACGUGUGGAGGUCGGACUUCAGGCUUCUCCAAAAGAAAUCCAGUGAUUCACUUCUUUUGCUAUCAUGCCAUAAAUGACAAGCUCAAACAAAACUCCACUAACGACACGGAUUUCUGGCACAUUAAAAGAACCCUGGUAUGAUGAGUUGGUUUAUUCAGAAGCUCAACCCAUUUAAGUCAUCUUCAAAGUGUUCCAGUACACCUGAAUCAAGCAGUAAGUCUUCACACAUUGGCAACAAUGGAGAUGAUAACCCCACAGAAAACAAACAGUGUUCCAGCUCUUCUGAAUCAGGCAGCAAGUCUUCCCUCACUGAUAACAAUGGAGAUGAUAAACCCACUGCACCCAGACGGAGCUGCAACGAUCAAAUUUCUUCUCAAAACACAGACAAAAACAAUCAGGAAGGAAUGUCGGCAUCCAGUGCAUCCACUGAACCUGAGUCUACCAAGAUGCCUGGGUUUGAAUGGGACCACUUUAAGAAGGACUCUGUUGAGAAUACAACUGAGGCAGCAAUGGUGGAGACAAGUGAAGCUAGUCCUCUGCACACUGAUGAUGAUGAAGAAGGAUUAUUGGAGUGGUGGAGAAAUGUGGAAGGUUGGAAUGAAUGGAACGAGGCAACAAACUUUGAGGGAGACGAUGCAGAUCAAGCCAUAGAAGCAGCUGCAGAUCGUGUCUUCAAGGCUGCCCGUCUCUUCGUUUACUUAUUCAAACAGCGAGAAGCAUCACUGUAUAUGCGAGUCGUUGAGUUGCUGGCGGUUGCUGAUGCAGCAGACAGCUUCCAUAAGAAAACUGUGACUGCUAGCAUUGGAGGAGGAGUGGCUAGCGUAGCCGGUAGCAUCACCACCAUCACAGGAUUGGCGCUGGCACCUUUCACUUUUGGCUCAUCACUUAUUGUAACAGCGGUGGGCAUCGGCGUUGCAACAGCGGGGGGUCUCACAUCAGCGUCCGCCAACAUCACCGACACAAUGCACUCAAGGACAGACAGGGCCAAAGUGGAGCAGGUCAUCCUUGGCUACCAGGAGGAGAUAAAGGACAUUAGAAAAUGCCUUCAGUUCUUGCAGACAGGUAUGGAGACACUGGAAGAGUGCAACUUCCACCAGUACAUGGAUAGCAUCUCUACGCGUGCAAUGAACAAGAAUGUCAAGCAUGUAAUGAGGGAGGGGGGGCGUGCUGGCAAGGCAUUACUUAUCAAUGCCGAGAGCCUGGCGAGCACUGUGCAAGUGCUCAGCACCGCCGGUGGGGUUGCCAAAGCCACUCAGGUCCUCAGUAUCACUAGUGGGGUCAUGUCUGGCCUUUUCUUGGCCCUUGAUGUUUUCUUUUUAGCCAAAGACUCCAGGGAGCUGCACAAAGGGGCCAAGACAAAGUUUGCGGCCAAGAUUAGGGAUGUGUGCAAGGAACUGCUGGACGGCCUUAUUGAGCUGAAGAGGAUUAAAAAACAGCUGCAGACAAUCAUGAAUGAUGCAGAGGAGGAGGAAGAGGAGGGAGAAGAUGAUGAUGAGGAAGAAGAAGAGGAGAAGGAAGAAGAAAAGUGCAAGAAAGAUCAGUGAGCACAGAGGUGAAGAGGAUAAUGAGAAUAAAGGACAGAAAGAAAGAAGAUUUGGAAAACUAUUAAGCACAGAGAACUGUAAAAAGGAGAAAGCAAGAAUGUUCAGAUACUGUAUGUUAAGUAUCAGACAAAUACUAAGCUAACAUAAUUUAUUUUGGAGUAAAAAAAAAAAAGUACUUGCAUUGUAGUUUCACAUUAUUGCUAUUUUUAUUGCUGGAGAGAUAGACUAUGAUCCUGAGCCUUACAUAGCCAGGAUUUAGAGUUUCAAAUUGUAUAAACCUUUCAAAUUGCAGGAAGGGAAGUUAUAGUAGGUAAUAACACUACUGAGCUAUUGUCAGUGGUCUGUUACAUUCAGGGUAACAUAACCAGACCAAAAUCUAAUUUUUCUACUGGAAUACUGUAGUCAUUUCAAAAUACAGCAAAACAAAAUGCUUCACUCAUUUAGUUGCCUACCCAGGUGAGGAUAAGAAUAUUUUACAUCUGAUUUUCAAGUAUGUACAGAAGUGCUUUCCUUUAUGCCUUUAAACAUUUGACUGUUAACACUCUGAAUAAUAUUUGCAUAUAUCUUUUUUUUGUUCAUGAAAACUGCCUUAAAGGUGAAACCUUUAAAACUAAGCUGUCUGUGCACUCUCUUUUAAGUAGGGCUGUUAACUUUUGAAAUAUGAAAGCACUCUUCUAUGAUUUAAUAAAAGAUUAAGUGUUGUCUUUGCACCUUA